CUCCGCCUUUUACAACCGUUGUUGGUCUCUCUCUCUCUAUAGUGUAGAAAAGAUGUCAAGUAUUUAUAUUUGAAACGUACGCAGGGAGGCCUGCUCUGCUGCCUUGCCUCGCCUCGCCUUUUUACGUUUGCUCUCUCUCCCUCACGUUUUCAAUCAUCGUGGAGCAGAUUUGCCACGAAGCCAUUUCCAAGGAAGGCUCUUUGAUUGAUCCUUGAAAUUGAAACAUAAAUUGUGAUCAUAUCACAAGAAGUUUUCUCCAAAUGCUAAAUUUUGCAAGAGGGAGAAGCCAGCCAAGGUCUACUAGAUCCAUGCCGUUGUCCGGAAUGGAAUAUCCUGAUCCCAAGAGGAAGAGCAAUUUUGUAGGAAAAAUCCUUGUGGCUGCAACCCUUACAGCCUUAUGCAUUAUCAUGCUCAAGCAAUCCCCAAACUUCAAUACUCGAAGUCGGUUCUCCGAACAUGAAGAAGGUGUAAUACAUGUUCUCGUAACUGGUGGUGCUGGCUAUAUUGGUUCGCAUGCUGCUUUACGACUUCUGAAGGAGUCAUACCGUGUAACUAUUGUGGACAAUCUUUCACGUGGAAACAUGGGUGCUGUCAAGGUUCUACAAAAAUUAUUUCCGGAGCCUGGACAGCUUCAAUUCGUUUAUGCUGACUUGGGGGAUUUAAAAGCAGUAAACAAAAUAUUUUCAGAAAAUGCAUUUGACGCUGUAAUGCACUUUGCAGCUGUUGCAUAUGUUGGGGAAAGCACAGUUGAUCCUCUCAAGUAUUAUCACAACAUUACUUCAAACACCUUGGUGAUCUUAGAGUCAAUGGCUGCACAUGAUGUUAGGACUUUGAUAUAUUCUAGUACAUGUGCCACAUAUGGAGAGCCUGAAAAGAUGCCAAUCACUGAAGAAACCCCACAGGUUCCAAUCAAUCCAUAUGGAAAAGCUAAGAAGAUGGCAGAGGAUAUUAUCCUGGAUUACUCUAAGAACUCAGACAUGGCAGUAAUGAUCCUAAGAUACUUCAAUGUGAUUGGAUCAGAUCCUGAAGGAAGAUUAGGUGAGGCUCCCAGACCUGAGUUGCGUGAGCAUGGACGAAUUUCAGGUGCUUGUUUUGAUGCAGCACGUGGUGUUAUUCCUGGUCUAAAGGUCAAGGGAACAGACUACAAAACACAUGAUGGGACUUGCAUACGUGAUUAUAUUGAUGUUACUGACCUGGUUGAUGCUCAUGUGAAAGCUCUUAAAAAGGCAAAGCCCGGUGAAGUGGGAAUCUACAAUGUUGGCACUGGAAGAGGUAGAUCAGUGAAGGAGUUUGUGGAAGCAUGUAAGAAAGCCACUGGGGUGGAGAUCAAAGUUGACUAUCUGGCCCGCCGACCUGGAGAUUAUGCUGAAGUGUUUAGUGAUCCAACUAAGAUCAGGCAUGAGCUGAAUUGGACAGCUCAGUUUACUGAUCUCCAGGAAAGUUUACAGAUUGCGUGGCGAUGGCAAAAGGCACAUCGUGAUGGAUACGCAGCAGCCUCUUAGGUGAUGGUUUCCUCUCUAUAGUCUACUCAGCCAUUUUAGCAAUUGGCAUAUUGAAGACUACCCCUAGGUGGCCCCAAUUUUCAGCUGUUUAUGGAGGGGUGGGAAAAUGGAGAUGAAAAUUCACUUGUUCAGUACUUGGCUAGUUAUAUAUAUAUAGAGAGAGAGAGAGAGAGUGAGUGAGAGAGAGUGAGUGAGCAGCUAAUUCAUUAUAUACGUGUAUUUGAAGAGAUAAAUGAUAGUUUAGUCAAUAAUAAGAUGAUGAAGACCCAGCUCAGGCGCAGUUUUAUUGA